UCGCGUCACGUUCUUUCGUCCACCCUCCCGGAGCUCGGCCACUCCGCGCCUGCGCAGGAGAGUCGGGAGGCUCGGAUUGCAGACUCCCGGCGAUAGCUCCUGUCAGCCUGUGGGUCGGUCUUCCCACCGGCCCUCCCCUCCCCGUUCGCCGGGGGAGGCGCGGUGGAGUCCGUCCCCAGGAUCCCCCGAUGGAGGAGAAGCGGCGACGGCGGCAGCGGAAUAAUCGAACAGAAGCGUGAGCGGCCCCAGGGCCUCAUUCCCCACGGAGGCCAUGGGCGACCCAGCCCCCGCGCGCAGCCUGGACGACAUCGACCUGUCUGCCCUGCGGGACCCUGCUGGAAUCUUUGAGCUGGUAGAGGUGGUCGGCAAUGGAACCUAUGGACAGGUAUAUAAGGGUCGUCAUGUCAAGACUGGGCAGCUGGCUGCCAUCAAGGUCAUGGAUGUCACAGAGGACGAAGAAGAAGAGAUCAAACAGGAGAUCAACAUGUUGAAAAAAUACUCUCACCACCGCAACAUUGCCACCUACUAUGGGGCCUUCAUCAAAAAGAGCCCCCCUGGAAAUGAUGACCAGCUCUGGCUGGUGAUGGAGUUCUGUGGUGCUGGUUCCGUGACAGACCUGGUAAAGAACACAAAAGGGAACACCCUGAAGGAGGACUGUAUCGCCUACAUCUGCAGGGAGAUUCUCCGGGGUCUGGCCCAUCUCCACGCCCACAAGGUGAUCCACAGAGACAUCAAGGGGCAGAACGUGCUGCUGACAGAGAAUGCUGAGGUCAAACUAGUGGAUUUUGGGGUGAGUGCUCAGCUGGACCGCACUGUGGGCAGGCGGAACACUUUCAUUGGGACCCCCUACUGGAUGGCCCCAGAAGUCAUCGCCUGUGAUGAGAACCCUGAUGCCACCUAUGAUUACAGGAGUGACAUUUGGUCUCUAGGAAUCACAGCCAUCGAGAUGGCAGAGGGAGCCCCCCCUCUAUGUGAUAUGCACCCAAUGCGAGCCCUCUUCCUUAUUCCUCGAAACCCACCACCCAGGCUCAAGUCCAAGAAAUGGUCUAAGAAGUUUAUUGACUUCAUUGACACGUGUCUCAUCAAGACCUACCUGAGCCGCCCACCAACGGAGCAACUGCUGAAGUUUCCCUUCAUCCGAGACCAGCCCACAGAGCGGCAGGUCCGCAUCCAGCUCAAAGACCACAUUGACCGAUCCCGGAAGAAGCGAGGCGAGAAAGAGGAGACAGAAUAUGAGUAUAGCGGCAGCGAAGAAGAAGAUGAUAGUCAUGGAGAGGAAGGAGAGCCAAGCUCCAUUAUGAAUGUGCCCGGUGAGUCCACGCUACGCCGAGAAUUUCUGCGGCUCCAGCAGGAGAAUAAGAGCAACUCGGAGGCUUUAAAGCAACAGCAGCAGCAGCUGCAGCAGCAACAGCAACGAGACCCUGAAGCGCACAUCAAACACCUCCUGCACCAGCGGCAGCGCCGCAUUGAGGAGCAGAAGGAGGAGCGGCGGCGUGUUGAGGAGCAACAGCGGCGAGAGCGAGAACAACGGAAGCUGCAGGAGAAGGAGCAGCAGCGGCGGCUGGAGGACAUGCAAGCCCUGCGGCGGGAGGAAGAGAGGCGGCAGGCGGAGCGGGAGCAGGAAUACAAGCGGAAGCAGCUGGAGGAGCAGAGGCAGUCAGAGCGUCUGCAGAGGCAGCUGCAGCAGGAGCACGCCUACCUCAAAUCCCUGCAGCAGCAGCAGCAGCAGCAGCAACAGCAGCUUCAGAAACAGCAGCAACAGCAACAAAUCCUUCCUGGGGACAGAAAGCCCCUGUACCAUUAUGGUCGGGGCAUUAACCCUGCCGACAAACCAGCCUGGGCCCGAGAGGUAGAAGAAAGAACAAGGAUGAACAAGCAGCAGAACUCUCCCUUGGCCAAGACCAAGCCAAGCAGCACAGGGCCUGAGCCCCCCAUUCCCCAGGCCUCCUCCGGGCCCCCGGGACCACUUUCCCAAACUCCUCCUAUGCAGAGGCCGGUGGAGCCCCAGGAGGGACCGCACAAGAGCCUGGUGGCACACCGGGUCCCACUGAAGCCAUAUGCAGCGCCUGUACCCCGAUCCCAGUCCCUGCAGGACCAGCCCACCCGAAACCUGGCUGCCUUCCCAGCCUCCCACGACCCCGACCCUGCUGUUCCCACACCCACUGCCACACCCAGUGCCCGAGGAGCUGUCAUCCGCCAGAAUUCAGAUCCGACCUCCGAAGGGCCUGGCCCCAGCCCAAAUCCCCCAGCCUGGGUCCGGCAGGAUAAUGAGGCCCCACCAAAGGUGCCUCAGAGAACCUCAUCUAUUGCUACUGCCCUUAACACCAGUGGGGCCGGAGGGUCCCGGCCAGCCCAAGCUGUUCGUGCCAGACCUCGCAGCAACUCCGCCUGGCAAAUCUAUCUGCAAAGGCGGGCAGAGCGGGGGACCCCCAAGCCUCCAGGGCCCCCUGCUCAGCCCCCUGGCCCGCCCAACGCCUGUAGUAACCCUGACCUCAGGAGGAGCGACCCUGGCUGGGAGCGCUCAGACAGUGUCCUCCCCGGUUCUCAUGGACAUCUCCCCCAGGCUGGCUCACUGGAACGGAACCGUGUGGGAGGCGUCAGCGACCUCCCUUCUCCUACCUUGCCAUAUCCAGCUCCCUCCAAACUGGACAGCUCCCCAGUGCUCUCCCCCGGGAACAAAGCCAAGCCUGAUGACCACCGCUCACGGCCAGGCCGGCCUGCAAGCUAUAAGCGAGCCAUUGGUGAGGAUUUUGUGUUGCUGAAAGAGCGGACCCUGGAUGAGGCCCCCCGGCCUCCUAAGAAGGCCAUGGACUAUUCAUCGUCCAGUGAGGAGGUGGAGAGCAGUGAGGAUGAUGAGGAGGAAAGCAAUGGCGAACCAUCAGAGGGGAGCAGAGAUGCCCCUGGGGCCCGCAGUGAUGGGGACACAGACAGCGUCAGCACCAUGGUAGUCCAUGAUGUAGAAGAGAUAGGCGGGACCCAGACCCCCUACGGGGGUGGCACCAUGGUGGUCCAGCGUACUCCUGAAGAGGAGCGAUGCGUGCUCCAUUCUGAUAGCAACGGUUACACAAACCUGCCAGAUGUGGUCCAACCCAGCCACUCUCCCACUGAGAGUAGCAAAGGUCAAAGCCCCCCCUCAAAGGAUGGAGGCAGCGAUUACCAGUCUCGUGGGCUGGUAAAGGCCCCUGGCAAGAGCUCGUUCACGAUGUUUGUGGACCUAGGGAUCUACCAGCCCGGAGGCAGUGGGGACACCAUCCCCAUCACAGCCCUUGUGGGUGGAGAGGGCGGUCGCCUCGAUCAGCUACAGUAUGACGUGCGGAAAGGCUCUGUGGUCAACGUGAACCCCACCAACACCCGGGCCCACAGUGAAACCCCCGAGAUUCGGAAGUACAAGAAGCGAUUCAAUUCCGAGAUCCUUUGUGCAGCCCUUUGGGGUGUCAACCUGCUGGUGGGCACGGAGAACGGGCUGAUGUUGCUGGACCGCAGUGGGCAGGGCAAGGUAUACGGACUCAUCGGGCGGCGGCGUUUCCAGCAAAUGGAUGUGCUGGAAGGACUCAACUUGCUCAUCACCAUCUCAGGGAAAAGGAAUAAACUGCGGGUGUAUUACCUGUCCUGGCUCCGGAACAAGAUUCUGCACAAUGACCCAGAAGUGGAGAAGAAACAGGGCUGGACUACUGUGGGGGACAUGGAGGGCUGCGGGCACUACCGUGUUGUGAAAUAUGAACGCAUUAAGUUCCUGGUCAUUGCCCUGAAGAACUCCGUGGAGGUGUAUGCCUGGGCCCCCAAACCCUACCACAAAUUUAUGGCCUUCAAGUCCUUCGCUGACCUGCCUCACCGUCCUCUGCUGGUUGACCUGACAGUAGAGGAGGGACAGCGGCUCAAGGUCAUCUAUGGUUCCAGUGCCGGCUUCCAUGCUGUGGAUGUGGACUCAGGGAACAGCUAUGACAUCUAUAUCCCUGUGCACGUAAGCUUGGCAAGGCUGUGGGCUGAGAGGGACCACCAGUCUGGGCCCCACAUGCAGGGACUCCAAUCUACCCUCUCUCCUCCCCAGAUCCAGAGCCAGAUCACACCCCACGCCAUCAUCUUCCUCCCCAACACUGACGGCAUGGAGAUGCUGCUAUGCUAUGAAGAUGAGGGUGUCUACGUUAACACGUAUGGGCGGAUCAUUAAAGAUGUAGUGCUUCAGUGGGGGGAGAUGCCCACCUCUGUGGCCUACAUCUGCUCCAACCAGAUAAUGGGCUGGGGCGAGAAAGCCAUUGAGAUCCGCUCUGUGGAGACGGGCCACCUAGACGGGGUCUUCAUGCACAAACGAGCUCAGAGGCUCAAGUUCCUGUGUGAACGGAAUGACAAGGUGUUCUUUGCCUCAGUCCGCUCUGGGGGCAGCAGCCAAGUUUACUUCAUGACUCUGAACCGUAACUGCAUCAUGAAUUGGUGAUGGGCCCUGGGUGGGGCUAUCCCACAUGGACCCAGCUCUCGCCCCACAGCCAGACUUCCCAGGCUGCCCUUCUUUCCCCUUCCUGGGCUUUGCUUUUACUGGUUUGAUUCACUGGAGCCUGCUGGGAACGUGACCUCUAACCCCUGAUGCUUUCGUGAUCACGUGACCAUCCUUUUCCCUAACAUGUUCUCUCCCCAAAACUGUGCCUGUCCCAACUUCUGGGGAGAGGCACAGCUUCCCCUUACCAGGAAUUGAGUGGGCCUGGCUCCCCCUUUUCUCCACUUAAGAGGAGAGUGCUUGGGGCUUGGACCCCAUCCCCGCUGCUGCUGACUGGGCAGGGCCCUGGGCCCCUUUAUUUGCACGUCAGGGGAGCCGGCUCCCCCCUUGAAUGUACCAGACCCUGGGGGGGGUCACUGGGCCCUAGGUUUUAAGGGGGUCACAAGCCACUCCAGGGGCAGGGACCAUUUCCUCAUUUUCUGAAAGCACUUUAAUGAUUCCCCUCCCCCCAAACCCCAGGGACUGGAGGGGGGACCCCGCCAGCCAAAACGUUUCUCCCUUUUCAACCUCCAUCUCUUCUAGCCUCUGCCCUUCCUUGGUGGAGGGUGGGAGCAGGGAGCUCUCACCCUCCACACCCCCUUGCUUGCAUCUGUAUAUAGUGUGAGCAGCAAGUAGCCCUGUCCCCUCCUCCCUCCGCCCCCUUCCACCCCCUCCUCAAUGUAGUGGCCUUGGAUAUCCCAUUUGUUAAUAAAGACAAUUCAACCAGC